AUGGAGUUCUUGCCAAUGGGCAGGGCGGAAGCCGAGAACUGCGUGCGAGACAUCAAGCAUUUCACACCAGACAAAAUCGUAUUCGACGUCGCUAUUGUCCGUAUUAACAACCACGGCAAAAAGAGUUUCCUUGCCCACCAGAAACGCAAUUCUUCUCUCUAUGAGGUACUACUACAAGACCAGGUCUACGACUGGGACGAGUCAAUACAACAUGCAGUCACACGAAAAGUCAAGGAACACACGAGCCUCAACGUAACGAAGAUCGUGGGCUCUGUCUAUAUGCUUCCGUGGUGGACGGUAAAAGAGAGACCCAAUGAUGGACGAUAUCUGGAAUUUAGAGGGCGAGUCUGGGCAUUUUAUGGGCUACCGAAUCAUUAUCUGGGGGGUAUAAGAAGCGACGACUCGGCUCUAGACAAAGAAGUCGAGGAAGAAGAGUUCUACAGAUGA